UAAGUAUUUUUAAAACGCAAAGCUGAGUCGUGCAAUCCUUUGCCUUCAUGACUCUCCUGUAUAAUACUAUGAAAGAAAUUCUAACUUAGAUCUUCUGAUAUAUAUUGCUUUUCGUUCUUUUAUGGUACAUGCAGCUGGAGAGCUUCCAAGGAACAAUAAUAUCUGGUGGAGGGGUGACUCCUGCUUGAGAGAUGGAGAGAAGUUUAUGAAAGGUUUAACAGGUGGCUACUACGAUGCUGGAGAUGCAAUGAAGUUCAGCUUCCCUGCAUCUUUCACCAUGACCAUUUUGAGCUGGAGUGUGCUCGAGUAUAGUGCAAAAUAUAAAGCCGCAGCAGAGCUUGACCAUGUCAAAGACAUCAUCAAAUGGGGGACAGAUUACCUUCUCAGAACAUUCAACUCCUCUGCUGAUCAUUCAAUAGACCUCAUUGCUUCGCAAGUGGGAGGGCGAGAUGAUCUCAUUUGCUGGGUUCGUCCUGAACAGAUUGAGUACGAAAGACCAGUGUCCACUUGCAGUAUCUGCCCUGCACUGGCUGCAGAGAUGACUGCAGCUUUAGCUUCUGCAUCAAUUGUUUUCAAAGAGAACAAGGAGUAUUCAAAGAAACUGGUCCAUGGUGCUGACUUGUUGUUUAAGUUUGCCACAAAGCAGCAAGGGGAAAACUACUCAGCGGGUCGAGAUCCACCAUCAGCUCAAUAUAACUCUAGUAGUUUCUGGGAUGAGUUUGUUUGGGGUGGAACUUGGUUGUAUUUUGCAACUGGAGAUUCUUCCUAUCUUGAGCUCGUCACUAGCCCUCUUUUGGCCAAAAAGGUUGAUGCAUCUGGGGGAGGUCGACAUAGUGGCAUGCUUAGCUGGGACAACAAGCAUGUUGGUGCUCAGUUGCUUCUCACCCGCUUGAGGAUGUUCUUGCCCUAUGGAUAUCCAUAUGAACAGAUGUUAAGAGUAUUUCACAAGCAGGUAAUGGAAACCAUGUGCUCAUACCUUCCAGAUUUCCCUACCUACAACCGAACAAGAGGAGGAUUGAUUCAAUUAAACCAUGGAAGGCCUCGCCCUCUUCAAUAUGCUGUGAAUGCAGCUUUCUUGGCUACUCUGUACAGUGAUUACUUAGAAGCUACAAUGACACCAGGAUGGUACUGUGGAAAUAAUUUUUUCGAGAAGAUAACAUUGCGCAAUUUUGCCAAGUCUCAAAUGAAUUACGUCCUUGGCAACAAUCCUAGGAGUAUGAGCUACAUAGUAGGUUUUGGCAAUCAUUUCCCACAGCAGGUGCACCAUAGAGGUGCUUCAAUUCCCGCCAAUAAUACCCAACAUGGUUGUAAGGAUGGAUAUAGAUGGAGAAACAGUAAGAUGCCAAACCAUUAUACAAUUGUGGGAGCCAUGGUUGCUGGACCUUAUAAAGAUGAUGCUUUCAUUGAUGAACGCAGCAACUACACUUGUACAGAACCAACCAUUGCGGGUAAUGCAGGUCUGGUUGCAGCGCUGGUAGCUUUGUCAGGUGAAGAAACUACUGGGAUUGACAAGAACACCAUUUUUUAUUCAGUUCCUCCCAUAUCCCCAAUCCAACCACCACCACCACCUCCUUGGACACCAUAGAUGUUUUCAUACUCAUUUCCUCUGGUCAAAUAGACAAGAUGGCUUGUGGAUUUAUGAAUUUGUGGCAUAGCAUAGUCUUUCCAGUCAUCUUUUGAAAAGAACUUUAGCAAGAAAAAAAAAAAA